CGAGAGACAUCGGGGGUAAAAAACACUCAAAACCGGACUGGCCCCCGAACAAAUAUCACGAUGAUGGACUUAAAUUACCAGUCGAUAAAAAUAGCGCAUCAGGCCAGGGAAGCAGAGGAGGAGAGGACAGACACAAGGAGGAAGGGUCUGCUAGUCCUCAUCUACCAUCACCUCAUGAGACAGGGGUACAUGGAGGCUGCCCUGGCUCUGGACCAGGAGACAAACCUGGGCCUGAGGAGGUUUGAGGUGUGUGACAACAUCGACUUGGAGAUGGUGCUGAUGGAAUAUGAGAGCUACCACUAUGUCAAGUAUCAAAAGUACCCCAAACUCAUCAGGAAGGCCACAGAAGCUGGUGAAAACAGAUGUGGAAAGCCUGCUGGUGUUAAAAGGAUUACCGGCUCAGCAUUAAAGCCUCUGUCGAAAACCACAUCUUCUCAAGGCCCUAACCCAGGGAAGAAGACUGCAGCCAGUGCACAGCCAAAUGAAAAUGGUGUCGAUUCUUCUGAGUUUGGUCUCAAUGUUUCAUCAGUUGGCCAUGGUCCCAGCGGUGAGGUGACAAAUAAAAAGGGAAAGGCUGGUGAUGGCCGAAGCGGUGUAGAGAGUGGGAAAGGCAUUAGUGACACAGAACAUAUGGAGCGUUUGCUAAAACCUCUCAGUGGAUUCUCAGGGAUAACUGGAGAAAUGAGAGAACUCGCUACCAUCAUUAGUAGGGACAUCUAUUUGCACAGCCCAAACGUGCGCUGGGAGGACAUCAUCGGGCUGGAAGACGCUAAACGAUUAGUCAAAGAGGCCGUCGUCUACCCUAUUAAGUACCCUCAGUUAUUUACUGGGAUUUUGUCACCAUGGAAGGGCCUGCUGCUCUAUGGACCCCCAGGUACAGGGAAGACUAUGCUGGCCAAGGCUGUGGCUACAGAGUGCAAGACCACCUUCUUCAACAUCUCUGCCUCCAGCAUCGUCAGCAAGUGGAGAGGAGACUCAGAGAAACUAGUCCGGGUAUUGUUUGAGCUGGCCAGGUAUCACGCUCCAUCCACGAUCUUCCUGGAUGAACUGGAGUCCGUGAUGAGUCAGAGAGGGUCAAUUAUGGGAGGGGAGCAUGAAGGCAGUCGCAGGAUGAAGACUGAGCUUCUGGUUCAGAUGGACGGACUGGCCAGAUCAGACGACCUGGUGUUUGUGCUGGCUGCCUCCAACCUGCCCUGGGAGUUGGACCAUGCGAUGCUCAGGAGGCUGGAGAAGAGGAUUCUGGUGGGCCUCCCCUCUGCCCCAGCACGACAGGCUAUGGUCUCACACUGGCUGCCCCCACUUCGCUCCACACAGGGAGGCGUGGAACUGCGCACUCAGCUCGACUAUCAAACACUCGCCAAGGAGUUGGAGGGUUACUCUGGCUCUGAUAUCACUUUGGUUUGUAAGGAGGCUGCUAUGAGACCUGUGCGGAAGAUCUUUGACGCUCUCGAGUCCAUUCACAAUGGCGAUACAAAUACUCCUGCCAUCUGCUUGGACACUGUGACUACGGCUGAUUUCAUGGAAGUUCUCGCCCACACCAAACCCUCAGCCAGGAGCCUCAUGGACAAAUACACAGCCUGGGAAGGAGAGUACAAGUCUGUGUAGUGACAAGGACUGGUUGCAAAAGUGUCAAUGGUGUUCAGUAGUGUUCAGGAAAAAAAAGAGCUCUUUGGGUGUUCCACAAAAUUUCUACGUCAUAGGCUAAAAAGUGACUAUAUUUAGACUUAUGUUGAGAGCUUGACAAAGCCUGCCUGCUCAUGCUGCCAUCUUGGAUCAACACUUUGCUUUUAUGUUAUGACUUUUUAGUGUUAUUUACUCAUCAAGUUUGUA